AUGGCCUCGGGCGGCGCCUUGGGAUUGGGCUACCUCGGCCGGUGUCGAGGAGUCGAAGUCUUCGAGAAGCUGAACCGGCUGGGCCAAGGAAGCUACGGCACAGUCUAUCGUGCCAGGGAUACUGAGAACGGCGAGAUCGUGGCCCUAAAGAAGGUCACCAUCCAUGCCGAAAAGGAGGGCUUCCCGAAGAGCUCCCUUCGUGAGAUCCGGCUGCUUAAACGGCUGCGGCACCCGAACAUCGUGGAGCUGCGUGAGGUCGCAUGUGGAAGGCAGCCGGGAAGCGUCUUUCUCGUCUUCGAAUACUGCGAGCAUGAUGUUGGCGCACUGCUCGAUCUUAUGGAGCGGCCUUUCAGCGAGGCGGAGGUGAAAUGCCUCACGCUCCAACUGCUCAAGGCGGUGGAAUGCUUGCACGCAGCGUUUGUGAUCCACCGCGACAUCAAGCUUUCAAACCUUCUCUUGAACAACCGGGGCGUCCUGAAAUUGGCGGACUUCGGCUUAGCUAGGGAGUUCACGGAUGUGCAGAAGCCGGUCACGUUGAACGUUGUGACGCUUUGGUACCGGGCGCCAGAACUGCUUCUUGGUGCCCAGAGCUACACCAUGGCAGUGGACAUGUGGUCUGUGGGCUGCAACUUUGGGGAGCUCCUUCUCAAGCGGCCCCUGCUGCCAGGAAAGUUUGAGGAGCACCAGCUGCAGCUGACUUGUGCUCUACUCGGGACUCCUUCGCCGCGGAUUUGGCCUGGGCUUGAGCGGCUGCAGCACUAUGGGACCUUCAAGCUCCCUGAGAACACUUACAACAACUUGGGCGACAAGUUUCCUGACAUGCCGGACAGCUGUCUGGACUUGCUGAACCGCGCCCUCACCUUCGACCCGACGAAGCGUGUGACGGCAGCUGUUGCUUUGCAACACCGCUGGUUCCAAGAGGCGCCGGCACCGCAGGAGCCCCACAACAUGCCCACCUGGAAAGAGCACCGCAAUGAGACAGCGAACCCGCGUGCGAACCCGGUGCCUCUUGGCGUGGGCCCAGGCAAGCGUCCCGUGCCACUCGUGGCGCGGUCUGCGGUUUUCGCAGCAGCGAAGAAGAUGAAGUCCUGCGUAUUCUGA